AUGAAUGAAAGAUUAAUGAAGGGAAAGAAGGAUAUAUAUAUAUAUUUUUUGAAUAAAAGAUACUAUAAUCCUCCCAGUAAAAGAAAAUGGAGCAAACAAAACGAUAAAUAUAAAACAAGAAGACCUUUAGCAGAAGAUAGUAAUGUACAUAAAAUAAAUAUAAAAGGAGAAUACUGGAAACAGAAACAUGUAAAUAAACAAUUUGUAGUAGAACAUGGGAAUCAAGAUAUGAUAAAUGAAAGAACUAGUUUAAAUUUUUUUGGAUAUCCAAAUAUAUCUUUAUAUAAUAAGUUAGGUGGUAGUUUAUAUAUUGAACAAAUGGAUCAAGUAACAUUAUGUAUAAUGAUUCAUAAAUGUAUUAAAGAAAAUAUAUGUGAUAGUUUUAUAUGGAAGAAUUUAUUGAAAAGAUGUACUGAUAUAUGUCAUAAAAUGGAUGGAAAUAUAUUAAGUUAUAUUUUUAAAUAUACAUCUAAAACUGAAUAUUACAAUCAUUAUUUUUAUCUUACUAUGCUUGGUAAUAUAUCAAGUAAUUUAUAUUCAUUUAAUAUAAAAAAUUGUUCUAAUAUUUUAUUUGGUAUGAAUAAUAAUAAUAAUUAUUAUAAUGAAGAAAUAUUUAAUAAAAUUAUUGAACAUGCUUCAUUAUUAAUAUUAAAUCGAAAUGAUAUAGAUAUAAAUAAUAUAUUGUCUAUAAUAAGUUCUUUUACUUGUUUUAAUAACGAAAAUAAGGAUCAUAUUAUACAGAAUAAAAAUUAUAUAAGUAUAUCAAAAAAUGUAAAUAAUUCUUAUUUAUUAUUUGAUUGUAUUUCUAAAACAUUUCAUAGAUAUGAUUUAGAUUUGAGUGAAUAUGAUAAUGUGUGUUCUUCAUUAUUGGUAUAUUGUUUUUUGGACCGAAUAAAUUUAUUUUUCCAAGAAAGAAGUCGAAAGGUUGUAAAUAUGUUAAUGUCUCAUUUAAAUAAUAAUAUAGAAAAAUUAAAUAUAAAGCAUAUAUCUAUAUUCUCUUAUGCUACUACUAUUUUUAAUAAAAAUUUGUUGACCGAUAAUUUGAAUAAUUAUAUUUUACCAAGAAUUGAAAAAGACUGUUAUUUAUUGGAUAAUAAUUAUUUGAGUAUUUUGUUUUAUUCAUUAAAAGAUUAUAUAUGGGAAAAGAAAGAAAGAAAUAAAAGGAUAUAUAAUAUAAUAUAUAAUAAUUUGUUGAAUGAUAUACAUUUGGCAUCUUUAGAUUCUAUAUGUUUAAUAACGUAUUCAUUUUUAAAAUGUGGAAAAAACAAAGAACUUCAAUAUAGGGAAAAUGAUAGCAAACAAAAAGGGAACCAGAGCAAAGAUGAAAUUAAUAAAAGCAGUGAUAUGUGUAAUAAUUAUACUGAUGAUAAUGUUAGUAAUAAGAAUUCAUUUGAUUGUGAUUAUAUAAAAUAUGAUAAUAAUUUUACUAAACAAAAUAUAAAUUUAAUGAACAUGGAUAAAGGAAAAAAACAAAAUAAUAAUAUAAUAGUAAGAAAGAAGAAUAAAGAGAAAAACGAUUCAGAUUCUCUUACAUUAAGUUAUUCAUUUAAUUUAUUUAAUGAUUUUUUAUAUGGUAAGAUCAAAUAUAACAUAAAACAUUUUAACAUGUUUCAAUUGUUAUUAAUUAUAAAAGGGUUGUAUGAAUCUAGAAUGUUGAUAAAUAAUAAGAUGGAAGAAUUAAAAUUGAUUAUAUUGAAAGAAAUACAAUUAAAUGUGUAUAAUGUACCUAUCCACUUAUUAUCUUAUUUUAUAAAAAUGCUUACACAAUAUGUUAUAAAUAAUAAAGAAUUAAUCAUUUGUUUAAAAAAUGUAAGUAUAAUAUAUUUACAUAUUUAUAAAAAAUUAUAUUUAGUAGAUAGUGAUUAUACACUAAAUGACAAAACAUGCAUCAUACAAGAAUAUUAUAAUAAUAUAGGAAAUUCAGAUAUAAAGAAAAAGGAAAAAGAUGAUUUAUGGUUUAUAUAUAAUGAGAAAAAAAAAGAAAUAAAUUCUUUAUCAGAUAAAUAUAGAAUAAAUAUGAAUUUAUUUAAAAAACAGUUUAAGUAUUUAAAUGAAAAUUUGGAUAUAAAAAAAGAAGAAAUUGAAAAAGUUUUUUCUUUUUCUCAAAAUUAUUUUUUUAAUUAUUAUUUAAAAGAAAAAGAGCUAGCCAACUUUUUUUAUUUUUGCACAAUAAUGGAAAAAGAAAAUGCAAUUAUAUAUUUUAAUCAAAUUAAAGCAAUAGUAAAAGAGAAAAUAAUAAAUGAUGAAUUAAAAUUUAGUCCAAAGAGUAUAUUAUAUAUUUUUAAAUCAUUAGAUUAUAUGAAUAUGAUAGAUGUUGGAAAUCAAUUUUUUAACUUAUUAUUAAAGCAAUUAUUUGAUAAAAUAUUUUCAGUUGAUAUAUCUUUAUGUUACGAAUUUCUUUUGAUAUUCUACAAGAAUAAAAUAUCGAACUAUUAUUUUUUAAAAAAGGCAAAGCAUAAACUUGAUAUGAAUAGGUAUGAAUUAAGUAAUGAUAUUGUGGAAGACAUGAAAAGGAUUCUUGUUCAAUUAAACAAGAUGCUUUCAUAA